AUGCGCGCUUUUUACGGUGACGAUUAUUAUAUCUGCAGAUUUCAGGAACCAGGAAAAAUGGAAGCUGAGAUGGCUCAAGUUGGCACUGCAUAUGUUCUGAAAGAUAUCCUCACAUCUCGGAAACCAGGUCCUCCAAUCCUUCCAAAGGGAGAGUAUGGAACAGGAUUCGACCCGGAUACUCCUGAUACUUUGCCGUCUUGGCUCACGGAAGAUGAUCUUGCAUAUUAUGUAUCCAAAUUUGAGAAAACUGGCUUCACCGGAGGAUUGAACUACUAUAGAAACUUUAACUUAAAUUGGGAGCUGAUGGCACCAUGGAAUGGAGUGAAAAUCCAAGUGCCUGUGAAAUUCAUUACUGUGCCUUCAUUUCUAUUCGGCGUGAAAUCAAAAUUGCCGUUGAUCUUCUUUUUAUGGUGCUGCCACCUUUCUCCAAGCUAUUUCUAG